CUGUCACCGACUAUCACCACGCUCGCCUAGAUCUGAGGCUUUGACCUAAGCAACUGGAUGUUCUUGAAGUUGCUCGUAACUACAUUUGUGUCUCUAAAUUCGAAUUCAAACUGCAUACUACUUGUAGUCCACUACAACAAACAUAUGCUGUGGUAGCGUGGCUGAUCUUUGGCUUUUUUGUCCCAACAAAAGCGUCUUCGAUUUAUAACGGCUGGAAUACCGCUCUGCCACCUCACACCUCAAAACCUCUCUGUCCUACCCGGGUCUCUCAUCAUUAUGACUAGUCAACAAACCAACCUCACGGACCGUAGCAAACUUCGCAUGGAGCGGCUCAGGCUCGAAGAGCUAGAGCAGCAACGUUGGGAACAAGAGGCACUUGUAAUGCCUGAAGCACUCAAUCAAGCUCUCCUAAUGUCAUUUGCCUCAGUUAAGACUGAAUUCAGUGACCUUGAUGGACUCUCGUGGUCACGCUACCCUGUUCCUAUAGUUCCUAACCCAUGGGCGAUAGACGAACCACCCCCCACUCCAACACCGGAUUAUCCCGAGCUCAGCGAAUUCCAUGAUGAGCCAGAGUACUCUCAACGGUCACAAACACCCUCACCUUACACUAUUUCAUCUAUCACUGGGCUAACCUCUUUCGCACCUGGGGAAACGAUUCGAGCACCCCGAGCCCCAAAUAAAUCGUCUCGGUCUCCCUUGUUACAAGACCGUCAUCUUCACCGCCCAUAAUCUAUCACAUGUCACCAAAUUCACCAAGUGAUGCUCGCUAUCCACUCCGCCAACUACCCUCAUUCGACACACCUAUACAACCCCGAAUAUCCAUUCCUUCAAAACACCGCAAAUCUAAUUCACAACGACUUACAUAACAUCAACAUUCAUCAUCACGU